AUGUACGCGGCACAGCCUCUCAAGGCCCUGAGCACUGCUUGUUUUAUUCGAGAGGCGACUUAUUAUACAGUGUUAGGGGAGCUGCAGUGCCGUAUGUCAGAACGUGAGAGAUGUAUUCAGAAUAGACGGUUGACAGUGGCCCCAACCUCCUCGUCCUUCCAUUGGCGCGAUAAAACAGCCUCUUCGGACGAGGGUGCAAAUGCACGGCCAGAUUCAGACCUGAGGCAUUCCAGCUUUGCAGCCGAUCAACUAACAAGAGUUUCAAGGAUCUUCAGCAUUGACAAAACACGGGAUGCCAUUCGCGUGGCCCUACAGGAUUCCGAUCGCAUUCAGUAUACCAAACUGGCCUGCGAACAUGAAGAACUGACAAAGGAGAUGAAACGCCUGAAAGGAUUUGUCGCAGAAUUGGCUGAAAAAUACGAGUCAGCCCGCUCACUGGACCCGGUUCGUCGAUACAGAAAGCUGCAGUCAAUGGCGACGACCAUUGUGCUCAACUUACGCCUUACUGCACCCGACAGUGUGGAUACAAAUUUAACGGAGGUUGUUCGUGGCACUCUGCCACGAGGUGAUGUCUUACAGAGCAGUGUCAAACAACGGGAAAUGAAAUUAAAACACGAGAGAGCAUGCAGCAGUGAGUCAUAUUUGGUCGUAGUAGGUGAAGCUUGUUUAGCGUUUAAUAUUUGA